AUGAAAAUGAAAACAGGGACCAUUUAUGGAAUCUCUAUUUCGCUCAUUAUCAUUAACUUGGCCACAAUGAUGCAACGAGCAGACGAAAAACUCAUUCCUUCAACUGCCAAAGAAUUGAAAGAAGCAUUCGAUGCGAACCUCUCUAGUAUUGGACUCCUCUCGUUUAUAAGAAAUAUUGUUCAAGGAGCUGCCUCGCCUUUAGCCGGUUUAUUGGCCAUCAGCUAUGACCGCCCCACGGUUUUUGCGGUCGGUAGCUUCUUUUGGGUCAUAUCAACUAUUGCAACUGGAGUCAGCCGCUACUUCAUCCAGGUAACCUUUGGCGCAGCAGCCAAUGGGUUUGGACAUGCAAUUGUUUAUCCGGUGCUUCAGUCGAUAAUCGCGGAUAGCUUUAAGGAUAGUGCAAGAGGUUUUGGUUUUGGUUUAUGGAAUCUCAUUGGUACGGUUGGAGGUAUAGGUGGAACCGUCGUGCCUACGGUCAUGGCUGGUCAUGUUUUUGACGGAGUCUCGGGCUGGCGCUGCGCCUAUCUACUGAGUGCAACGGUAAGUACGAUGAUCGGGUUUCUUGUUUUUUUCUUUGUCACUGACCCGAGAGAGAAGAAGAAAACUAGUAGCUCCAAUGUUCUUGACCAUGAACGAGAUGAAAACAAUGCAACAAUGGAGAGUUGAAGCUCGAAUUGGAUGGAAUCGUGGGUGGCCAUAAAUGAUGUAGCCAAAUUACGAACAUUUCAAAUCAUCAUAUUGCAGGGAAUUAUAGGUUCGGUGCCAUGGAAUGCAAUGGUUUUCUGGACAAUGUGGUUCGAACUCAUUGGUUUUAGUCAUAAUCAGGCGGCGCUUCUGAACGGAAUAUUCACCACGGGACAAUCAAUAGGAUCUUUAAUCGGAGGAAUAAUUGCAGACAAAAUGUCACAUCUCUUUCCAAACUCAGGCAUAUUGAUUUGCGCACAAUUCAGCGUUUUCAUGGGAGCUAUAUUCUCCAUUAUUCUUCUACAAAUAAUCCCACAGUCUACUAACAGUUACUACAUCUACUUGCUAACUCUUUUCCUAAUGGGUCUCACCAUAACUUGGUGUGGACCAGCCAUUAACUCUCCAAUCUUAGCUGAGAUUGUUCCUCCUACACAUCGAACCAUGGUCUACGCCUUUGACCGUGCACUCGAAGUGUCUUUUUCGUCGUUCGGUGCUCCUUUGGUUGGGAUCAUGUCGGAGAAAGUUUUCGGGUUUGGCACAAAAGGAAUUGAUAAUAUUAAAGACUCUGGUCGUGAGGCCAAGGCGUUGUCCAAGGGGAUCAUGUUGAUGAUGGCCGUCCCGUUUGGAUUGUGUGGUCUUUGUUACACACCGUUACAUUUUAUUUUCCGGAAUGAUAGGAAAACCAAUAAAACUCCAACUUCUAGAGAAGAAGUAGAGAUGCGCAAUGAGAGUCAUUAA